AUGCACGCAGACACGUUUCGUGACAGAGAUGUCGACAUCGCUAGUUCUACAACUGACGAAGAUUAUACCAGAUUAGGAGGGACAGGACACGAGUCAGAAGACAACGGCCUGUUCAACAUUCGAUGCCGACCAUCGACUGAACCCAAAGUCAGCGCUGACUCGUUUGUCAGGGGUCCAGGUUGUGCCGUGCCGGUCCUUGUGGGCCUGGCCAAUUAA